AUGCAUUGUGACAAGACCUUUUGGAUAGAUCUGCGCGAAGAUAAACCUGUGUGCAGGGCUGACCAGAAAAGAGUUUAUGGGGUAGCAAGACAUGAACGAGUGAACAUAUUGUGUGAGGUUGAUGCAUAUCCGCCACCAGAUAGCUUCAAAUGGACUUUCAACAACUCGGAAGAAACUACGGAUGUCUCGUCUGCCAGGUACCACUCCGGAGGUCAACAUUUCAUUUCAACUUUAACGUAUACUCCAGUGUCAGAGUUGGACUAUGGUUCAGUAAUGUGUUGGGCUAACAACUUGCCAGGGAAACAAGUGGAAGCAUGUAUGUACCAUAUCAUACCAGCAGGCAAGCCUGACCCGCCCCAUAACUGCACUGUCAUGAACAUGACCAAUGACUCCUUGGAAGUUUCGUGCAGUGACGGAUUUGACGGCGGGCAGCCACAAUACUUUUUACUGGAAGUGUACGAUUCGAGCACAGGCGUGCUACAAGCAAACGUGUCAUCCAAGUUUCCGGAAUUCAUUGUCAGUGGGCUGGAUCCGGGAAAGUCAUUGAAGAUGACCGUAUAUGCAGCGAAUGGUAAAGGACGCAGUGAAUCUGUGAUGCUGGAAGGAUUUACGCUGAAUGUAGCAGAAAAGCAGUCAGUACUAUCAUUGGACACAAGAGACCGAAUGGACAUUGCUCCAAUCCUCGGCAUCCUCGUGGGUAUUGUGACUGCCCUACUGCUUGUAGCUGUGGUAACCCUUGGGGCACUGAAAAUUCGGGCAGCGAGAGGCAGCUCAUCUAGGAUGCUGAGGCCAGGUUUCCUGCCCGUCAAAGAUAAGGCAAAUGCAUCCUUACGGUCUGACUCCGACUUUGAAAAAGAUGACAAAAAUCCGGAUAUAAUACCCAGCAACAAAGGUGAGUGUAUUUUUUUCUGUAAUCUUGGUAGAUGGACUCGAAUUACUAUGGAUAGCAAUAGGUAUUUACGAACGGAAAUCAAAUGA